AUGUCACAAGUAGCCACCGCCCCCGUGUGGACGACAAGUUCUCUGUCGCAGUACUCGCUGAAACCCCUCCCGCUCCGUGUCUCGUAUCCGCCCAGCCCCGAGCCCGAACGCGACCACCGCGACCUACGAGACCACCGAGAUUACCGCUACUACGAGUACGACCGCAGCAUGCCCCCUCCUCCCAUCCCAACGAAGCGAAAGUAUGAGGGUGAGGAGCCUGCGCGCUCCUCUCGCUCGCCCGAGUCAGACGAGGACUCGGAGUACAACCCGCGCUCUCGUGGUGCCGCCUCUUCCAAGUCGAAGCGCCCACCCCCGCCCUCAGCGACCAAGACGCCUGCUGGUAAAGUCACAACCGGCCCGAAUGGCCGACCAAUGUCGCGCGAGGCGCUGCGCAAGGCAAACCACAGCCUGAUCGAGCGAAGGAGGCGUGAAAAGAUCAACUUUGCCCUUGGUGAACUGCGAGAGAUGGUGCCUGGCCUCGGAGGCGAUGGGCCCGGAGGCAAGGGUGGAGAGUUCAAGCUUGAAGUUCUUGAGCGCACCGUCGUGCACAUGCGCGAACUCAAGGCUCAGGUCGCGGAACUCGAGCGCGCCAUGCGCUCUCGCACUACUAGCCACUCGGCGAGCCACUCUAUGGCUAGCACGAGGUCGGUCGACCGCGAGUCGAGGGGGUCUCGUGACGGAGACGUCGAGAUGGAGUCGGACUCGGGGUCGGCGCGUGACCACCGCGAGUCGGCUUGGCGGGAGCGUGAGCGAGAGCGGGAGAGGGAGAGGGAACGCGAGCGGUAUCGCGCCUACGCCAUGCCGCAGAAGCGAUCACCGCCUUCCCCCUCCGUCACCCCGCCCUCGCGCCGCAGCUCGCUCCAGCCCGACCCGAACGAGACUGAGCCCGAGUCCGACCUGCCUCCGCCUCUGACGCUGGCCUCGCGCGUCUCCGAGUCUUCCUCCGGCCGCACUGCCUCCCCUCAUCCGCCGACGAUCGCCUCGCUCCUCUCGAACUCUUCGCAGUCCUCCUCGGCUGUGCCCCGACGGGCAGCGCCGAGUCCGAACAUCUACCUUCCCUUCCCCACCCCGUCUCCCACCUCGCCCUUCCUGACAUACCAUGGUGGAUCGAACGCCAGCACCGCGUCUUCGGUCACUGGUCCCCCAGAGCCUUCCCCCUUCAUGGCUCCGGUCCAGAGCACGCCGCUUUUCGGCGGUCUCUCCCUCGACUCCUCAAAGGACGAGAAGCGCCGCUCCCCACCGGACCUCUCCAUGCCCCCGCCCAAACGCGAGAUCGGCACUGAGGAGGCGGCCAACCUCCUGCUCGCCUUCUCUUCGCCUGAGACGAGGCCGUUCUCGACCGGUUCCACGCCACUAAUGGGCGCGGUCGUGAAGGAGGACGGCGUGAAGGGCUUCACGCUCGACGGAGGGCCCGUCACGACGCUCGAGAACUACAAGGUUGUCUCGGGCAAGAACUCGAGUGCCAAGGUCAAGACGGCCCGGGACUUGCUCCGCAUGUAA